UUCGCAAGAGAUCAAUGAAAUAUCAAUGGACUUAAUGGCGAAACAAGGCCAACUGCAUCGGUAGCCUCGAGACGACCGCGUGGUGUAAUCCAUCAAAAGCCUCGGUCGAGUGGAGCCGUCCUGUUCUCGGUGGUCCAGGACUUGUCAUAACUUUAAGGAACCAGCAUCUUUCCUCGCAGACAGAACCGGAGAAGAAAAGCCGGGUUCAGACAGAUAAAUAUUACGUUACGUGCGAGUGGAAGUGAAAUCUUUAAUGGCACGUGAACGCAGCGGGGACGUUGCAACGCCGGCGGUUCGGAUCCUGCUGCAUAUUACUGCAGCAAACUAUCCAGACGAAGUAGUGCAAAAUUUGCCAAAGGAAAUUGGCACCGGUGUCUAUUGCGGAUUCGCUUCUGUCAAUAAGGGGGAAGUUCAUAAGAUGGUGAUGAGCAUAGGAUGGAAUCCUUUUUACGAAAAUAAUCAGAAGACGAUGGAGACACAUAUAAUGCACAAUUUUCAAGAUGAAUUUUAUGGAGCAGAAUUGAGAGUUGUAAUGCUUGGUUAUCUGAGGCCUGAAAAAAAAUUUGACUCUGUUGAUGAUCUAAUUGCGGAAAUACGAGCGGAUAUUGACGCUGCUGACACACUCCUCAGUGAAUCAAAAUUUGCAGUUUAUCGAAGCAACAGUUUUUUCACCGAAGAUGAGCAACAAAAAAAUACGGAGGGUGUCCGAAAAACGAGAGGAAGAGGACUUUGUAGUUAUGCCGAUAGUUGCAUACUUUCGUAAAAACAAACAAUAAGUUUAAAUAGAGAACUAAAAUCAAUCAUGAUUCCAACAUAUUCUGUUUUAAUUCACGCAU